AUGUCGGUGAACGAUCAGCCCCCCUCCGUGGACGUAACAACCUGUCAACGCGCAAACCAACCUUCAUCGGACCUCCAGACCUUGGAUUCACGAUUAAAGAGUCUCUCAAAAGACGUGCUACCCGGCCACCCUUACCUCCUCACCCUUCCAACACAGUCGCCUUAUCGCCUCGUCCGUCGAUCAGCAAGCAAUUGGGCUAUAGGACAUGACCGACCGUUCAAACCAGAGGAACAGGAACUUCAGUAUAUGACCUUCCUAACCCACCACAAUACAGAUUCAUUGCUCAAGGCAGUUGGAGACUGGUCUGACGAAAAGGGAAACAUGAUGACCGAUCGGUCCACGGCACCGACCAAAAACGAGCUCCCAAAAGAGACAGUCGCGAAAAAGAAGAUCAGCUUGAACGACUACAAGAACCAGAAAAACCGUGGCACGUCCCCUAAUCUACAUGAUCAGAAGGAUAGGGAAGCUCGAAAACCGGCGACGCGCGAAGAACCUCAGCAGAAAACCAAACACGGUGUUAAAAAGAGCGACAAGACGGAACCUUCCCACCCUCCUCCUAAAUUACAGUCACAUCUUUCCCUCGACAAAGGCCCCAAGAAACGACCUUCGACAUCUGAACUUGACUUUGGCCACCCCUCAACAAACAGAAACCAAGAUAUGCACUCCUCUAAGAAACGACGACUCUCGCAGGAGAGAGACCUUCGCCAGGAACCAACUCCAAACAAUUCGAAUUCACCCAGACUGCCAGUACUCCUUUCUCCGACUCUCCCACCAACAGGCCCGGGUCCUAAACUACCGAGACUGCUGUCCCCUACUCUCCCACCAGACAUUGAAAAGGAACUUGCCAAACUCGGAGAUCGUUCCCCCACUCGCCAAUCCCCUAAAGGCGAUGCUUUACCAUCCAGGCAGAAGCGGGAAGAAGCAGCUCAGACCAGGACACCGAGCUCUAUAAACAGCAGUACGAACUCUAGCCUCCCGGGCAGUCGCCUCGCUGUUUCGUCUAAAGACGCUAACCCAGAACUCCUCGUGAGGCUUCGUUACGGGAAAGGCAACAAACGACGAGUUGAGGCCUUGCUCAAAUUCACAGGGAAAAAGAAACCGAACCGGCCUGACUCCCCACCUAGCAAUGACACGGAUCACGACGAUUCGAAAUCUGCGGGAUUGAAGAGAGGGGAGUUAGCUUCAUCUCGUGCAAGUGAACCGUCUGAACGACUCAAAGCUAAGAGCAACACGCAUGAAGAGGGACUGUCUAGCUCGAUAAAUGGCCGCUCAAAGGAAGCAAAAGGCUCCUCUGAAAAACCUCACAGCCAAGUGCCUCACCCCCCUCGUUCCCAUCAACCGGUGAAUGAUAAGGCGAAACCUGUAUCGUUGACACCGGUGAAAGACCCGAAAGCCUCCAUCUCACGACGAAACGACCUUGGGGAAGGGGAGGGUCGGACGCCUGUAAACCCGGCGAACAAACGCCCCCCUGGGGAUCAAGGUGUCAAGGGCUCUCCUUCUCAACCCGACGGCCGUUCUCGAAAUGAUCAGCGUAGGGUCUGGCGCGAUGAGUUUCAGAAGUUUAGCAAUAUAGGGCGAGAAUUAAAACAUGCCGCUGUCCGAUAUAACGCCAAGACUGAUUCGUCCACUUCCGACGAGAAACUCGCUGCCGUGACUGCAAUCGAAGCUAUCAUGUGUUUUAUUCUCGCUUUUGUGGCCGAUGAUCAUUGCAAACUCAUCACACGACAAGUGGGGGACUCUUCGACCUGGCAAUCUAUACUGGCGUAUUGGCGGGUGGUCAGAAAGAAUAGCGUCUCAUACCCAGCCUUGCAUGGACUUUGUCUAUUCUUGGGAGCUGUUUCCUACGAGGCUAUUCACUCGUUAGAUCUUGAGCGGCUCGCCGUCAGCCCACUCCCUGGAGAACAUACACCUGUACCCACUCCUGGCAGUGACGGAAACGCUGUCCCGUCUGACGAAAAUAGGAAGAAUCGCAAGGAGUUUCUCGAGCUUAAGAAUCGACUCCCUGAGUGUUGGAAAGAAUCACAAAAGCUUUGGCUAGAGGGCUCACGCUGUCUCUCUGAGGAUGUUUUGAGCCGAGAAUUUCCUACUACCUGGACUUCACGAUCCCACAAUCACGGCGAUCGAGGCAAGGCAACUUUAAAACCGGGGGAUUACGCAGGUGACUACUUUCUACCGCUUGGGGGAGCUACUCCUCCCAUCGAAGUUGUGCGAUUUGGUUGGUCUCUACUACAAGAGUGGUGUGCGCAGGAGAAGGUGGAAUGGAGUGCCCGUUUGGGUCUCUAA